GAGUUAUCUGUGCAGCGUUUAGACGAAAACAUGGAUGUCAUGGAGGAUGAGAAGCGUAAGGCUGUUCCGGCCAUAGGAUUCUACCCUCAAGAUCCCAUCAGCACUGGAACCACUCUUAUAGCCAUGGAAUUUAAUGGAGGCGUCGUUGUCGGCACAGAUUCCAGAACUAGUGCAGGCUCCUUCAUCUCAUCGCGAGCUACGAACAAGAUCACUCCUAUCACAGACUACAUGGCUGUAUGUCGAUCAGGGUCUGCAGCCGACACUCAGGCAAUAGCUGAUAUUGUCAAAUACCAUAUUGAAGUUUAUAGUAUGAUGGAGAACGAACCCGUGACUAUCUAUCGUGGAGCUCAGAUUUUCCGCAAAUUCUUAUACAACUACCGCGAUCAGCUCUCCGCUUCGGUUCUGAUCGCGGGCUACGAUGAGGUAGAAGGGGGUCAGCUUUAUGCUAUUCCUUUGGGCGGUUUUGUAACACGACAGAAAUCAACGGCAUCUGGUUCUGGCUCUACCUUUGUGCAGGGUUUCCUCGAUAACGCAUGGAAGCCGAACUUGACGAAGGAGGAAUGUAAAGCCAUAGUCAAGCAAGCCGUGGGAUUGGCUGUAUUCCGUGAUGGCUCAUCAGGCGGUGUUGUACGCAUAGCAACGAUCGACAAAACGGGUACGAAGCUGGAGCUGUUCCGUCCGGACAAACCUGGCUUCCCAGUUAUAGCGAGUAAUUGGUCGGAUGACCAGAUCUGA